CGUCAUUGAGCAGCUGACUGGAGGGAGGGGUUAGCAGUUAGCUGUUGUUAGCAGCUGAUGUUAGCUCCGGUGUUCAGUGUGUGUGUGAUGCUGUAGAUCUCAGGUUCGAACCCUCAGUGCAACAUGUCUCGGUUCAGCUCGGACGUGGAGGACGAGCAGGAGACCCCGCUGCUCCACCGGGGACACGAAGACAGAGCGCACAGAGCUCCAGCAUGCUGUUCAUCCCGCUAUGGCCUGGCGCUGCUCUCCUCUUACGGCUUCUUUGUGGUCUACUCUCUGAGGGUGAACCUCAGCGUGGCGAUGGUGGACAUGCUUAACAACACUCAUCAGUCCAGCGGCAACCACAGCGGCACAGUGUGUCCCACUCACGCCAACCCUGCACGGCCCAAACACAACCACACGGCCAGCGUGUACGACUGGGACUCGGAGACGCAGGGCUGGAUUCUCGGCUCCUUCUUCUACGGCUACAUCCUGACACAGAUCCCUGGCGGCUUCCUGGCGGGACGCUAUGGACCCAAGUGGCUGAUGGGUUUUGGAAUCCUGGGAACUGUAGUUUUUACACUGCUCACCCCUGUGGCUGCCGACCUGGGUGCAAGCUAUCUCAUUGCUGUCAGGGUGCUGGAGGGGGUCGGAGAGGGAGUCACAUUUCCUGCAAUGUACACCAUGUGGGCAGCGUGGGCUCCGCCGCUGGAGAGGAGCCGGCUGCUCACCAUCUCCUACGUUGGAGCCCAGCUGGGGACGGUGAUAUCUCUUCCUCUGUCGGGGGAAAUCUGCUUCUACCUCGACUGGACCUACGUGUUCUACGUGUUUGGUGCUGUUGGUCUGGUGUGGUUCAUCUUGUGGGCUUUUCUCGUCUUCGACAGUCCAAACACUCACCCACGGAUAUCAGAGCGGGAGAGACUCUACAUCACCAACUCACUCAAGAACGAGCUGUCCACCUCUGCAGGCUACAUCCCCUGGAGAGCCAUCGUGACCUCCAGGCCGCUGUGGGCCAUCGUCGUGGCUCACUUCUCCUACAACUGGACCUUCUACACCCUCCUCACCCUGCUGCCGACCUACAUGAACAACGUCCUGGGAUUCAGCAUUCAGCAGAAUGGUUUACUGUCAGCUCUGCCUUAUUUGGGCUGUGCAGUGUUCGCUGUGCUGAGUGGUCAGAUUGCCGAUUACCUGCGGGAAACCUGCCAGUGUCCCACAGUCACCGUCAGGAAGGUGUUCUCCCUCAUCGGUAUGAUCGGGCCGGCCGUGUUCCUGGUGGCAGCGGGUUACACAGGCUGUGACUACAUUCUGGCCAUCACCUUCCUCACCAUCUCCUCCUCUCUGGGUGGAGUGUCGGCCUCUGGAUUCAACAUCAACCACCUGGACAUUGCACCUUCGUAUGCUGGGAUCCUGCUGGGGAUCACAAACACCUUUGCCACCAUUCCUGGAAUGGUGGGACCAGUCAUAGCAAGAGCCCUCACCACAAAUAACACCAUAGAAGAAUGGCAGACGGUCUUUUACAUCGCUGCAUCCAUCAACCUGAUCGGAGCAGCUUUCUACACCGUGUUCGGCCGAGGAACCGUGCAGCCCUGGGCCGUCCACACGUCCCUUUCUCAUCACGGAGACUGAGGCGGAAGACGAGCACCGGACCCCGUUUCCUUGAUUCCGAUUAUUCAGACCGACAAAUCACAAUCGUGGGUUUUUACUCUACAGGUAGUUUCAGCGACAGAUGUGCUCCAGCUGCGCUGCUAAUUCGCAAAGCAAAGUAACAGUGAGUAACAGCCGUGACACUUUCAAGGAUACCUUUUCUGUGACCGUGGGCACUGAUGAACCUGCAGUCACAGGAGUGGAAAAAGCAGAUUGCACCUUUAGUUAAGCAGAAAUGCUUUGGAGACAAAAUAAUAAUUUAGCAAAGCCAAAGAAACACUGUGUUAAUCUAUAAGUGAAUCUGAGGCUCCUUAGUAGGAGGGUAAGCACUGUAAUCAUCAGCGAGUUAGAUAAGAUAAUCCGUUAUUACGCCCACUACGCGGAUAGUGAAAAUAUACACGUCUGUAAAGCUAAUAAAUACAUAACCACUAACACGGGGACAUAUCAAAUACACAACGUCAACAGAAUUUAUACUGUGUAAUAUAACUUCAACUUUAAAGGUCAGUUAAUGCAGUUUAGAUAGUUCAAGCUUAAUGAAUAUAUCACGAUAAACUGUGAAAGAGCAUUUAUCCCACUUCUGUUACUUUGUGGUUUUCAGGGUUACUAGUCAAACCAAAUUCUGUUACUUCUGCCUCCAGAGCACUUCUGCUUUUAUUAUUUUACCCCAGAAUUCCACAGUAAGUUUUGAGUUUUAUUGCCAGAGUAAAAGUCUAAACUCUUCAGACGGACGUUUUUUUACACUUCUGCGUGUACAUUUUGGGAAAACACAAAACCUGCUACUUUAAAACCCAUAAUUAAGAGCCAGUAAUACUUAGUUCACACUGAUUUUCUUCUUGCCAACACAUUUUAAAACUUGCAGCCAAAAAGCCACAGUUAGGAGCCAAAUCAGAGUUCGAUCUGCAGUCGCUAAUCGAUACGUGUGAACUCUUUGAGGACUCUUGCCAACACGUCACCAGAUGAAUUAACGACCACUGACUUUGAAAGUGGUGUAGUCUGAACUUGGCGUAAGUGUUUAAACUGUUAAAACAGAUGUGUCAUCCCAAACCAGAUGGACACAGAGUGGAUAACGUCUUUUUGUUGUAGAGUAGAUUAAGACCUCACAGCACGCACAAACACUUUUUGGGGGAAAUGCCUGACAGUGACGCCUCCUUCAAUGAUUUUAAAGCUCUUUGUCUUCAAUAGGUCUCAUUUUUUUUUUAAGUAAUAUACGAAAGAUCCUGGACUUGAGAUUCGUCGAGAGGUUUUUCCUCUCAUUCGAAAGGUUUGUCUUUUUUUUUUGUAAUCUUUUAUUUUUUUAAUGUACGUACUCAGAUGGUGCAGUAAAGGGAUUGUUUGUGCACAACAAGAUGUUCUCAGGUUGUCCACCAGGAACCUCUUUAGUAGCAGCCUUGAAUUAAUGUCUGUGGAAAGUGCUGGUCAUGAUUUUCCAGUCUGUAACACUAAGUUGUUGUUGCCUUUCUUAGAAAAGGGAAAAGAAAUCUGUGCUUUGAAAGAGUUUCCUGAUGGACACAGACUCGUUUUAUUCACAGAAUCUUUCUGUGCCAAUCCUCAGGUAUCUUGUGUCAUACAGGGACGACAAAGGGAGAUCAUUUAUGUUUUAAAUCUUGCUCCACCACAUCCAGGUAUAUGUCCUCAGUUUUUAAAUUGGCUAGUUUUACAAUCAUUUCAAAUUUCAUAGUUAAUACCUGAUAGAGCCACCAUGGAAGUUGCACUGCAGCAUUAGCUUUAUCUGACCGGUUGAAUAUAAUUUUUCCAUAAGGUUUUCUCCCUUUGGAACAUUUAGUCGUUAUUUCCGUCAACAAGUAGCACGAUCGUCCCAUUUCAAGACGGAAACGUACUUGUGCCUUAUUACAUUAUCUUAAAAAGGGAAUCGGACAGUUCAGGUGUGUUUCAUUGUUAUUUUUUAUGAUUCCUUCUGUUCGCUGCUUUUUUUUUUUUCUUACUUCAGUUUUACAUUCAUGUCGAGAGUAAAGGGACUUUUGUAUGAUAUGCUGUAUAUAAACUACACCAAGUGAAAUCAUUGUAAACUUUCACCCUGGAAACAUUCCAGAAAGAAUGUCUUAAAUCAGUGUCAUGUUCUGUAAAUACUUCAUCACAUACAGCUAUGCUUCAAUCUGA